AUGGACCGGAUCUUGACCCCAAAAUUUAGAGGGUUCAAAGACGUGAUCAUGAAUGAAGCACACAAGACACGAUACUCCAUCCAUCCGGGGUCCGACAAGAUGUACCUAGAUCUCAAACAACAAUAUUGGCGGCUAAACAUGAAAGCAGAAAUUACUACCUACGUGGGCAAGUGCCUGACUUGCUCCAAGUUACCACCAGAACUCGGCAAUGUACGCCCAGUCUUUCAUGUAUCAAAUCUGAAGAAAUUCCUAUCUGACGAGACUCUCGUUGUUCCGCUUGAUGAAAUUGAGGUGAAUGAAAAUCUCCAUUUCGUUGAGGAACCAUUUGAAAUUAUGGAUAAAGAGGUGAAACGAACAAAGAAAAGCCACAUUCCCAUUGUAAAGGUCCGAUGGAGUGCCAAGCGAGGACCUGAGUACACCUGGGAGCGCGAGGAUCUGAUGAAGCAGAAGUACCCGCACCUCUUUCCUAGUUCUCGAGGGCCUGCUCUAGAACCAAUUUCGGGACAAAAUUUCCUCUAA